AUGUCUGCAUCGCCACUCCUUGACCUGUGGGAGGCUUCCGCAAGCCAGCCUUUCCAGCCCACCAUCGGCAAGAACACGCAGUUUACUGUCGGCUUCGUGCUUUUAUUCACUGCCCUCGUCUUCAGCGGGCUGUUUGGCCUCAACAACUCCUUGAAGAACGUUGCAAUCUAUGGCCUUCCUGCAUCUCUGGCUUUUGGCUUCGGUGCGGUAUAUAUGAUCUGUGCCGUCGGCGUCUACGUAUGA